GUUUGGGGCAUCAUAAGAAAGGUCUGCUGCUGAACAUGUAGUCAUGAUGUCUGUGUUCCUGUUCCUCAACAGAUGCCCGAACGCUAACGAUGAGACGGUGAGACUGAGUGGAAACGGACAGGGAACCUCCAACGUUUUCUCUUUAAACAUGUUCGAGUUCAACGGAGGAAACAGAGAAAUCUUCCUGCACUGCAAACUGGAGCUGUGCGUCAGGAUGGGAAACUCCUGCCAGCCGACCUGCAAACCUCGCUCUCGCAGGAGGCGCAGAGCCUCUAAAUAUGUGGACAAAAACCCAGCCAUCAUCUCCAUGUCCUGGACGAAAUAAAGACCAUUGAGUAAGAAUGUAAUAUGUGUGUUUAACUUUAAUCCAGUGCCAUCAUCUGCAGGCAGCUCCGCAGUGUUUGCCCCUGUGUGCAGGGAUUAUUAAAUUCUUUAAA